CGCCGUUGCGGACGGCCGGAACCGCUGGCGGGCCCCGGGCUCAGGCCGCGCGCCAUGUCCGAGAGCGGAGGCGCCGGUGGGGCCGCCCCGGGGGGGGGAGGCGGCGGUACGGGAGGCGGAAGCGGUGCGGGGAGCGCGGGCGGCGCAGCCUCGGGCUCCGGGCCCGGAGCCACCAACCCGGCCUCGCUGCCGCCUGGGGACGCGCAGCUCAUCGCCAUCAUCGUGGAGCAGCUCAAGAGCCGCGGCCUGUUCGAUGGCUUCCGCCGGGACUGCCUGGCCGACGUGGACACCAAGCCAGCCUAUCAGAAUUUGAGGCAGAAGGUGGACAACUUUGUAUCGACCCAUCUGGACAAACAGGAAUGGAAUCCAGCAAUGAACAAAAACCAAUUACGAAAUGGACUAAGACAGAGUGUGAUUCAGUCAGGAAUGCUGGAAGCUGGAGUGGACAGAAUUAUUUCUCAGGUGGUGGAUCCAAAACUAAACCACAUCUUCAGGCCCCAGAUAGAGAGGGCGAUUCAUGAAUUUUUGGCUGCACAAAAGAAAGAGGAAAGCGUGCCAGCUCCUCCUCCAGAGCCCGAGAAUAAAGAUCCUCCUGCUCCAUCUCAGGAUGCAUCCUAAAGUGAGUUCCUGAUAUUAAGCAGCUGCGGUUGGAAAACACAUCCUGUUAGAUUGACAAUGGAUUAGUUGUUCCAUUUGGUACAGGAUUGGUGUCUGUCAAAGAUGAUUACCCUGUAUCUGACUCGUUGGAAGGCACAGAAAUUCAGAUGUAUCCAGAGUUCUGUGUGUGGAGGGACAGCCAAAACAUGGAGAUAUUUUUGGUGUUAAUGGCAGUACAGAGAGCAGUGUGUAUUCUUAGUAAUCAUGCCUUCAGGCAAGAGGGUGGGACAAAAAAAAACAAAAAAAAAGAACUUGAUCUUAUUUGGAGUGAAUAAGGAAUUGGUUUGAGUUGAUGUUAGACUUGGGAGAAGGGAGAAAAGCCUUUCUGGGGUCUGGGGCAGCCUGUUGGUGACUACAUACAAGCUGUAUGAUGUCUCCUCUUAUUUGGACUAUAUAAAAGAAGAUCUUGCACCUCAGCUGCAUAAUGCAGUGGGGAGAAUAGGGGCCAGGUCAGCUGUAAUCCAUUGCACUGAUUGCUCUAAAAAAAUACAUUUCCUAUUUAAAACUGGAAAGACCACUUCAGGAUCAAUUAUCUCAAUUUCUGUUGCAUCACAGGAAAACGUUUACAGUUAGCUAUGACUAUAGCUGGUUUAAUUCUUAUUUCCCAGGUAACUGUGGAAAGCAAAGGGCACCAAAGUAGUUUGAAACUUGUCUCUUUCAACUUGAAAGACUUUCCCAUGAAAUUUCUCAGGUGCCUAGUGGAAACUGCCCAGUGCUUUCAGCUUGAAUGCAUGCAGUGUCCCCUGGACGACAGUCAAAUAGAAAAUGCAGUUAAGUAUUCUGCCUGCAAAUGUCCGUACCUUUUGCAAUAAAAAGCUU